AGAAGUGAAUGUGUGACAAGCAGUUCAUAUUUUUGCCCCGUGUUUAGAUUUACCUUAACAGCAUUGGGCGCUGGAUUUCUCAGCGUAUUUGGUCGGAAAAAGUCAUGGGGGAUGAUUCCGCAGAAAUAGAGCCCGGUCUUUUAGAAAAUGUACAGUUGGCGAUCAGGAGGAACAUAGAAUUAGCCUUCAUCAAGAAAGGGACUAUAGAAUUCAAGGGCGACCGCUCAGAGGCUAGAAUUUUGGCUCUCUCAGCCCAUCGAUUCUAUGUACUUACCAGCACCAAGAAUGGCUGCAAGGUGGAUUUUAGCAUGCAUGUUUUGGAAAUACAGAAAAUUGAAAGUAGUAAACCUCUCUUGUUGACAGUAUUAUGUGGGGAGAAGCCAAAUUAUUUCAGACUUUUUCAACCCAAAGAUUGCACAGAGAUUAUUGCUCACAUCUUGGUUGCUCUCAAAUCAAACUUUCCAUCGGGUAACCCAGACCGUUCUCUGAGGGUGACAUAUGGACCACCAGAAGAGAGUGACAUGAGGCAAGAACAGGUGACCACACUGGCCAAUAACCUGCGGAAUUCAGGAGGAGAUGUGGAGAUUGGACCUUGUGGUGGAUUUUCUAAAGUGUAUGUGUCAAUGUGUGAUUUCUAUGGCCAGCCACAUCUUGAAGAGGUUGUUUGGGAUAUUGACACAAUUUACUUAUCACUCAAUACCAAAGAGUUGAACAUUCAAGACUUUGAUCAUCUUGAGCACAAGGAUUUGGUUCCUCUUAUUUCAACUCUUGAGUAUAAUGAUUGGUUCACUAAAGUGACAUGUGACUCAUAUAAACUGGGAUCAGAAGUCUGUGAUGCCAUUUGCAAAGCUGCAAAGAAGUCUACAACAGUGGAAGAACUAGUACUUGAUAGUGCUGGUUUUGGCAGGGAUCAUUGUCAGAAACUUGCAUUGGCUCUCACAUCAAAUCCCAAAACAGCUUUGCACUCCUUGAGUUUAAACAUCAACUCCAUUGAGGAUAGAGGUUUAAUACACUUAUCUGGUGCAUUCAGUAACCUUCCUCAUGGUUUGGUUUUUCUUUCUCUUGCCGACAAUGGAAUCACAUCAAAAGGAGCUUCUACUUUGGGUCAGGCCCUAAAGACAAGCAAGUAUAGUGAAAGUUCAUUGCAAAGACUGGAUCUGAGCAAAAAUCCUCUUAAAGCAGAUGGAAUUGCUGGUUUAUGUGACUUCUUAGCCAAGCCAAAUAUGCUGACCUACUUGGAUCUCUCAUCAACUGAAUGUCCUCUUGACCUGUUGUUUGGUGCUCUCAUCCGAGGCUGCAUUCAACACUUAGCAACCAUCAAAGUGGCUGGUAACAGUUUUACCUCAAAGAAAACUAAAGAUGCAGUUGUUCCACCUUCAUUCAAAAAGUUUUUUAGCACCUCCCAGGCUCUGAAAUGUUUGGAUGUAUCAGACUGCAAGUUACAUUCUGACGCCAUCAGAGCAAUUCUUGAAGGACUACGUGAAAACAGUUUCCUUUGUGAUGUUGAACUCAACUUAAGCAACAAUGAGCUCAGAAGUCUGGGGGCGAAAGCCAUAGCAGACAAUAUAACUCACCUGAAAUGUGUCAGCAGGCUGAACAUUAGUGAUAAUGGAUUUGAUACGGAGGUAAUUCCGAUUCUCGAGAAGCUGUCAUCAAACAAGACAUUGAAAUAUCUAAACUUGGGACAGAAUAUGAAACAAAGGAACUCAUCUGCAAUUAUGGAGGCAUUGGUGCAACUAUUAUCUGAAGAAAAUUCACAUCUCGAGUCAGUCUCGUUAGCCGAGUCCAAACUUAAACAUGACAUCAUUCCGUUACUGGAUGCUCUUGGAACGAAUGAAACAUUGACAGAACUUGACAUCAGUGGAAACCAAAUUGGUGACGAGGGAGCACGCAUUCUGGCUAAAGCUCUUCAAAUCAACACCAAACUAAGAACGCUUGACUGGGACAAGAACGGAACAACAUACAGGGGAUUUGCUGACAUCGCAGCAGCCUUAGAAAGCAAUCACACACUGCUUUCUAUGCCGAUGCCUCUUCACGAUGCUGCGCAGUCGCUCAAACCACAGACAGAGCAGCACUUAAGAAAGAUCGAAAAAUUGUUGCUGAGGAAUCAGUCUCCGCACAAAGUAGUUACAGAACAGGCCUACAGAUUACAGCAAGGCCUGCUGCUCACCUCUACACAGCAACAGAUGGUGGACCGACUUGUGGUGCAGUUACAGGACCUCGUGAGCGCGCUCCGAUCCUCCCAGGAACCAAAUGUGAAGAAUGAGAUUAAAACUGCCAAAAAUUAUAUACAGGAUGCAGACAAACUGAAACAGUUGCUACUGAAGUUCCAUUUGUGCACAAGUGACAGUGAUAUUGAAGCCAGAUUUGCUGAGCUGGCUGGGGAAUUUUACAAAGCCGCUGAAGAGAAAAUGAAGAACAAUAUGGCGAAGAUGAUCGAUUGUGCCAAAGAAGUUUGUCCGUAUAUCACCUCCUCAGACGAUGUUCAAAGCCGUUUACUGGCUGUGGCACAAGGAAAGUCAAGUCUGAAUGAAACUUUUGUGGAGGAAGUGAUUCUUACUCGUGCUGCAGCGGGUAUUGCUAACAGAUUAAGCGAAGACAAGCUUACAGUGGCAUCUGUCAUGGCGGACACGAUCAUGGAGAUUGUGAUACACCAGUUGGAAAAUAGUGUCAACAAACUGGACCUCCUUCUCAGGGAACACCGAAGCAAAAUGGAGAAUAAGGACUCGGAGAAUGAGAAGAACAUUGAAGAAGACGAUGUGGCAGCGGCGGCUCGCAAAGCUCGUAACCGCCUGAGCUCAGCCCAGCUGACUGCACCUGCGGGGGAUGGAACAGAGGGCGGCGGAAGGAGCCACAGGAGACGACCUACAGUGAGCAGACGUCCAUCAGCCAGGCUGGUCGAGGAAGACGAAAAAGUCGUCAAGGAAGUUGAGGAUGAGGUGAAAACAGAGAAAGUAGAAAAACUCAAAUUGGCUAAGGAUGAAGUUGAAGGAAAGCCGCUGCCUCAGUUGGUCGUCCCAACUAAAGUUGAAUUCAACGAUUUGGAGAUGAAGACCUCAGGGUUGAAGCACUUAGGCAAGGAUCGCGCUCGGCCCCCACAGAAAAGGCGCCUCCCCACCCGACCCUCCAACAGACCAGCUGUCGCUCAGGACGAGAGUAAAGACGAUGAAAGUAUCGAGGCAUUUUGGAGCAAGACAGAGCAAGAGCCGCCGAAAGUUGAAGUUACUCCUGAGAAACCCACAAGGAAGACAUCAACAACUAAAACGUCACCGGCAGCAACCCCAAGCAAAACACCACCUCCUAAACCAGCACCAAAACCGAAACCUUCACCCAAGGCCAAAGAUAACGAGGAACAUAAAAAGUCGAGUUGGAUGCCAAAAGGUGGUAUAAGUCUUCCGGGGUUUCUUAAGAAGAAACAAAGCAGAGAUCGCGCACUAACUGCGCCGAGCACGGGCGAAGGAAAAUCCACGGCCUGGUACACAGACAACAGCAAACAGACUGAUACUGAAAAAAAGAAAAAUCAGGCCUCUCCAAAGGAAGAGCACAAAGCCUCGAAAGAGAAGAUGCCCUCUGGAAAGAAGCCAGACGUGUCUAAAGAAAGAGUGCCUUCUGACAAGAAAGCUGAACAACUAGCAGAGAAGGCGACUCCAGAACCAGCAGCCCCUACAGAAAAGGUUCCCUUGGACAAGGAGCCUGAGGUCACUAAGGCAAAGACACCCACUGAAGACAAACCCGAGGUAACCAUAGAAAAGAGAAGUGUUGAAGAAAAUGACGAGGUGUCAAAAGAAAGAGCUCCUUCACUGAUUAAACGAGAAAGAACUCCGUCAGCAGAGAAAAUUGUAGGCACUAAACCACCCAUCAUGGGCGUCAAACCAUUUGCUCUUCCUCGUGAUAGGACCGGGACGGCGCCAUCCGCGCAGUCUCGUGUUGGGGGAUCCACACCUGAGAAGGAUGCAUCAAAGCCUGCCUCAGAGGAGCCUGCUGCUAAGCUGCGUGGGCCUCCCAAAUUUGGAAUAGGAAUAGGUGGAGCUGCCGGUGGAGGACUGUUGGCUGAAAUGAAACAGAGGCAAGAGAGGGCGGCCAGCUUAGGAAGGAAAGUAACAGAUAAACCAGCCGAAAGCAAAUCCUCUGAACCAGACAAGGGUUCGAAGCCUGCUCCUGCCAUCGGGAGUAAAGAGGUAGCCCCGCAAAUUGCUAAAGAGGGACUUGUCAAACCGUCAUCCUUCAAGAGCUCGAGACCCAGGUUGCCGUCUGGUACUCCGCCAAAACCCGCUCCUCGGCCUGGUAAGAAGGACUCCAGGAAAGAAUCAAGGGAAGAACCGAAAGACGAAAAUAAAGAGAAGGAACCGGAAGUGAAAAAAGAAGUUCAACCGGAAGCUAAAGAAGACGUUAAACAGGAAGUACUGAAGAACGGAAAACCCAAAGAAACGAAAGAGAUUCCAUCGGAAACAAAACAAUCGGAAAAAAGGGAAGAACUAGAUGGGAAAGUAGAAAAAGUGGAAAAGGUGAAAGAAAAGGAGAAACCUGAAGAAGUUACAGAGAAAGGUGUGGUGGACGACCGGAAGGAGACGGAAAAGGAAGAUAAGAAGGAGGUUAAUACAGAGGGAAAUGAAGAGAAGCCAAGUGAAAGAGCACAGGAACAGACGGAAAAAGUUGACCAGAAGGUACAAGAUGUUAACAGCGAGAUUGAGAAGGUAGACAGUGCGAAGAUGGAAGAAGAGGUUAAAGAGAAAGAUAACAGCGGGUCGGCUGUGGUAAAAGACGAUUUGUGGGUUGCUCGUGAGAGUGGCAAAGAAGCUUUAAGACCAGGGGGGCGGUCCAUGUCACUGAAGAUGCAACGGACCACAUCUGGAACAGAGAAGACAGCCAUGCGGUCCGCGACUCUACCUAAACCCUGGUCGCCUGGUCAAGCUCCUUCCAAUAUGCUGUCUAGGAAGUUAAGCUGGGACAGGGCAAAUGCUGGGGAAGAAGACGGCAGAAGGACAAAAAGAAGUGCGAGUAGCAGCGAUGAAGGCAUCCCAGAAGUCUCCGAGGAUCAAAUUUCAAAAUCGUCCUCCGCUGACCCCGGAGAAGCCGAAGAGCAAAAAGACAGCAAACUCGCAGAUAAGACCACGACAACGAACGGCUCGAUUCCUAAAAGUCCUGAUGCGGCUAAAUUGGAGGAGUUAUUAAACUCAGAUGGCGACACAGUGCUUUGAAAGGUUUUGUGAGGCUUUUGUGAAUAUCGAUGCGAGUGAAUGCUGCUAGAUUGUUAGUAAGGGACUGUCCGUGAUGUUUUUGGAGUGGGGGAUGGCGAUUGAAGAUAUUUUGAGGGGAAAAAAAUUUCCGUCUUUUCGAGGCAAAGGAGUAUUUUCCGGUUGCUUCUUUCGACUGAUCAUAUUUUCGUCCACGAACAGUUUCUAUUUUUUUGUCAUAAAGUAAGUUGUUUUCGACAUUUUUCAUUCCCAUUUCAAUGGCCGUUCCCCAGACAAAAACCAACAGGUGUACAUGUUGUUAUAUUUUUAUUUAGAUUAAUUUAAUUCUAAUAUUUUUCGAUUAAAAAAAGAUUGUCUUGAUGCCGAAUACGACUACCAUUAGACUCCUUACAUCGUUCGCUAUAAGCAGUUAUUUCUACAGUUUCUCUGAGAAAGGUUAGUUUCUGUGUGUUGUACAAUGGCACAGAAGUGAAACGAUCGACGGAAGAGCUUUUGAAUUGUUUGGAUUUUAAACAGAAAACUGUAAUUUAAAUCGAAUCAAAUGCAGGUAUCGGCUGUCUGGAAAAAGCGUAAGAAAAAAAGAUUAAAAGAGUCUUGCAGUUUACGAUAUUUACUUCAAACUUCAGUUUUUUAGUUUACUUGUUGCAUGUUCAUUACUCGUUGUUUAUCUUAGCACGGGCCAAACUGUAACGAAAAAGAGUGCGUCAUGUCAUUUUGGGUCGUUUGGCUACGAUGUAAAUUCUCUUAAAAACCAAGCUUUAAUUGAUUAUGUGUGGGUGAAGAAAAAUUCCAUUGCGGCGCCAUUAAACAAGAAUAGAACCUGGAUAAACAUGAAUGCAAAUUGGAUGUUGGGAUAGAGUUAAGUAUUAUUCUUUAGCAAACCACCGUAAACGUUGCUUCGUUUGAAUUACAUUUAAUUUUUCUCCCCUGGGUAAUCGUGACUAUGCUUGAAAAAGUUGAGAACCUUUAUUAAGAGGUCAAUAUUAGUUCAGCCUAAAUUCAUCAGUUAAGUAGACAACCCUCGCUGAUUUAAGGCGCGAUUAACAUGAAUUGCCAUUUUGGUUUUUUAACAUGAUUAUCCCGCCAGUCUGUAUUUUAUAUUUUUUCUACCUUUUGUAUUUAAUUUGACUUAUGUCAAUUUUCACAAGACGGCUGAAAAAUUCUUCCUCAGAUAAAAAUAAUUCAACAACCAUGAACAGAAAAUCACACCACCGGCAUCUGGUCACGCAACUUUUUCAGGGACCACUGCGUGACAAGGCUUCUAACGACCUGAAAGGGUUUUCUGCAAAAUCGCGGAGGGACGUAAAAUAAUAGAUAGAAAUAAGGCCAAUUUAGCUUUAUAGUCCGUGCUUUAAACAGAUUGCAUUGAAGUGUAUUUACAAAUGUAGGUAGGAUAAGAAUAAAUGGUGGAUUUUUAUAAUUUCA